CACAAGAACUCCUCCUCCUCGCGCACGCUGCUACUCCCUUCAACAUCAAGAUGGCUGCCCACAGUGCUGUGUUCUCGAUAUCUAAAAUGAUUAAUCCUUUCUGGGGUGGACGCCUCGGAAACACGGUUAAAGUGUUUGGGACAACUCUGACAAGUCACAGAAAUAAGACCAUGCUUACUGGAGAAAACAUACCCCCUCCUGCAAAGUAUGGAGGCAGACACACUGUGACCCUCAUACCUGGUGAUGGAAUCGGUCCUGAGCUGCUUAAUCAUGUCAGAGAGGUUUUCAGGUUUAGCUGUGUUCCAGUGGACUUUGAGGUGGUGCAUGUCAACUCUGCUUUGGAGACUGAGGAUGAUAUCAAUAAUGCUAUCACUGCCAUCCGCCGCAAUGGAGUUGCCCUCAAAGGUAACAUAGAAACCAAACAUACCAUGGCACCAUCUGUCAAAUCCAGAAAUAAUCUCCUCCGCACAAGCUUAGACCUCUAUGCCAAUGUGAUGCACUGCCAGUCCCUCCCUGGAGUCCAGACUCGCCACAAGAACAUUGACAUCAUGAUCAUCAGGGAGAACACAGAGGGCGAGUACAGCAGUCUGGAGCACGAGAGUGUAUCAGGGGUCGUGGAGAGUCUCAAGAUCAUCACCAGGAACAAUUCACUCAGGAUCGCUGACUACGCCUUCCAACUGGCCAGGGAGAAAGGUCGUCGAAGGGUCACUGCCGUACACAAGGCCAACAUCAUGAAGCUCGGUGAUGGCUUGUUCCUGCAAUGUUGCAGAGAAGUUGCCUCUGGUUACCCAGACAUCACAUUUGACAGCAUGAUUGUGGACAACACCACCAUGCAGCUGGUGUCCAAGCCCCAGCAGUUCGACGUGAUGGUGAUGCCCAAUCUGUAUGGAAACGUGGUGAGCAACGUGUGUGCAGGCCUGGUGGGAGGGCCUGGCCUUGUCCCUGGGGCUAAUUAUGGCCAUGCCUACGCUGUCUUUGAAACGGCCACAAGGAACACAGGGAAGAGUAUUGCGGACAGGAACAUUGCCAAUCCCACUGCCAUGCUGCUGGCCAGCUGCAUGAUGCUGGAUCAUCUUAAGCUUUAUGAUCACGCAAGUUCAAUCCGAAAUGCAAUACUCACCACCAUGAAUGAAACCAGGUUGCACACAGCUGAUAUUGGAGGUCAGGGCACCACAUCAGAGGUGGUCCAGUCCAUCAUGAGGUUUAUCCAGAGUAAAGGGCAGCUCACAACUGAUUUAUAAACACGCAUGCUCCUUGGAGGUGCGAGUUUGAACAGGUGUCUAUCUGUGACAGGUGUACAGUGUGAGAGAGCAUGUCCAUGCAUGUCUGUUUCCAUAGUGUCGGGUCUUAUCACUGACAUCAGAGUGGUUCCUUUUUUUUUUUUUGUUGUUGGCUUACUGACCAAUUUACUCUGUACAAAUGUUCUUUUAUCCACGCCUUUUCAUCCAACAUUUCACAUAAUAAUAAUAAUGACCUUUCCAAGACAGAUUUUAAAAAUGCUUUACCUUUUGUUAAAAUUCCAUUAUCACCCUUCUGUGUUCUUGUGUCAGUCACCAAACACACGUUGGGGAUGAUAAAUAUCUGAAAUAUCCCAUUACGGAUGUGCAUUGUCCACGCUGCAUUCUUCAAUGUGGAUCAUUUAUUUAUUUUCCAAAUGUUACAGCCAUGUCAAUCAACCAAGAUGUGCAAUGUUCAUUUAAUGCCUUGACUUUUUUUUUUUUUGUCAUACUGUAACUUUGAUAUUAAGUUGCCUGUAAUAUAAUGUACUAUGCUGUGUGCUCACAUCAGAUCAACUUUACGGUGUAAAAAUGAUUUAACUAUUUCAUAUACACUGAAUUAUCAGAGGAGGUGUACAUCAUGUAACUGCUGCCAAAGCUGAACUAUUCUAUUAUGCUGGUGCCAUAAUAAUCUUUUCACCAAGUUUAGAUCAUGUUACAAAUGUACUGUUGUCUUAAAGCCUAACCAUGUAAGCGCUCUUCAUUCCUGACGUAAAAGAAAGUUCUUCUGUCUGUGGAAAGGUAAAUAUACCGUAUAACCAAUAUUAUCAAUAAAGAAAUAACACCUUAAA